CGGCCGGUCGGUCGGUGCCGGGGUGGGCCGGGCAGGCUGGGCCAGGACGGGACGCGCUGUCGGUCCGAGCCUCCGGGGAGCGCGGUCCCCGCCAGCACAGCGGGAAGAAGGGAAGUCAAGUGAAGUUACCACACUCCUGUGGUAUCAAGCAGCAGCAAGGCGUUCAGAAACAGCACCUGUGGUACUGAGCGGCCUUAGAAGAACUGGUUAAAAGCAGGAAGGGGAACUGUUAGUUGGUGCACACAACAGACGGGCUGUGAAAGCAACUGACACACGGUCACAUUUGGGUCAUCUUGUGGAACCUUCUGAGAAAACAAGGGUAAUAAUAAGAAAACAAUGUUUAAUGAAAGUAUCUUCAGUACACAGUCAGACUGAAACAGGAACAGGUUAUCUGGAGCCAUGUGGUUAUGAUAUUAUUGAGAUUCCAUAAUGCCUCCUGCCGUGACAGACAGCCUUGACAUCUGGGCAGUGGAUUCGCAGAUUGGCGCUGAUGGCUCAAUAUCUGUGGACUUCCUGUUGCCCACUGGAAUCUAUAUCAACCUGGAUGUCCCUCGAGAUGCCACCAUAUCUCAGAUUAAGCAGCUGUUAUGGAAGCAGGCACAUGCCUAUCCACUUUUUCAUCUCCUCAUGGAGAUUGACUCUUAUAUGUUCUCCUGUGUGAAUCAGACUGCUGUACAUGAAGAAUUAGAGGAUGAAACGCGGAGACUUUGUGAUGUUAGACCCUUUCUGCCUGUCCUUAAACUAGUGACAAGGAACUGUGAUCCAGGAGAAAAGUUGGAUUCCAAAAUAGGUGUCCUUAUAGGCAAAGGUCUCCAUGAGUUUGAUGCCUUACAAGAUCCUGAAGUGCAUGACUUCCGAGCUAAAAUGCGGAGAAUCAGUGAGGAAAAGAUUCAUUCGCUUGUGGGUCUCUCCUGGAUGGACUGGUUACAGCACACUUACCCACCAGAGCAGGAACCUGCUGUCCCAGAGAGCUUCCAAGAUAAGCUCUAUAGUGGAAAUCUUGUAGUGGCUGUUCAUUUUGAUAACUGCCAGGAUGUAUUUAGUUUUCAGGUGUCUCCUAACAUGAAUCCCAUCAAACUGAAUGAGCUAGCAAUCCGAAAACGUUUGACUAUCCAUGGAAAAGAAGAUGAGGAAGUUGAUCCUGCUGACUAUGUGCUGCAAGUUAGUGGAAGGCUUGAAUAUGUUUUUGGUGAUCACCCAUUAAUUCAGUUUCAGUAUAUACGCAACUGUGUGAUGAACAGGACUCUUCCUCAGCUGACUCUAGUUGAGUGUUGCACUAUAAAGAAGAUGUGUGAGCAGGAGAUGAUUGCCAUAGAAGCUGCCAUAAACCGAAAAUCAUCCAACCUUCCUCUUCCUCUGCCACCAAAAAAAACAAGAACAACAACUAGUGUAUGGGAUAUUUCCAACCCUUUCAAGAUUACUCUGUUAAAGGGCAAUAAACUAAAUACAGAAGAAAAUGCCAAAGUUCAUGUUAGGGCUGGUCUUUUCCAUGGUACAGAGCUCCUUUGUAAAACUAUUGUAAGCACAGAAAUAUCUGGGAGAAGUGACCAUGUUUGGAAUGAAGUGUUGGAGUUUGAAAUAAAUGUCUGCGAUCUUCCAAGAAUGGCAAGGCUCUGCUUUGCAGUUUAUGCUGUGAUGGAUAAGGUGAAAACGAAAAAGUCAACCAAGGCAAUGAAUCCUUCUAAAUACCAAACCAUAAGGAAAGCAGGAAAAGUGCAUUAUCCUGUAGCCUGGGUAAAUACCAUGGUGUUUGAUUAUAAAGGGCAGUUGAAGAAUGGAGAACUGGUACUGCACAGCUGGUCAUCAUUUCCUGAUGAACUUGAAGAAAUGUUGAACCCAAUGGGAACUGUCCAGACUAACCCUUACACUGAAAAUGCAACAGCUUUGCACAUUAGAUUUCAAGAAUAUUCAAAACAGCCUAUUAAUUACCCUCCCUUUGAUAAGAUACUUGAAAAGGCAGCUGAGAUUGCAAGGAGCAGUGACAAUGCUGCAAUGGCGGGUCGAGGUGGUAAGAAGUUUUAUGUUGUGCUAAAGGAAAUAAUGGAAAGAGAUCCUUUAUCUCAACUCUGUGAAAAUGAAAUGGACCUUAUUUGGACUUUGCGAUAUGACUGUCGUGAAAAUUUUCCACAAUCAUUGCCAAAACUGCUGCUCUCUUUAAAAUGGAACAAACUUGAAGAUGUUGCUCAGCUUCAGGCUCUCCUUCAGAUAUGGCCCAAACUGCUGCCCAGAGAAGCAUUAGAAUUGUUGGAUUUCAAUUACCCAGACCAGUACGUCAGAGAAUAUGCAGUGGGUUGUUUAAAACAAAUGAGUGAUGAAGAGCUCUCUCAGUAUCUCCUUCAACUUGUGCAAGUCCUGAAAUAUGAACCUUUUCUUGAUUGUGCACUCUCCAGAUUUCUCUUAGAGAGAGCACUCGCUAAUAGGAGGAUAGGACAGAUGUUGUUUUGGCAUCUAAGGUCAGAGGUCCACAUACCUGCCGUUUCAGUACAGUUUGGUUUGAUACUUGAAGCUUACUGCCGAGGAAGCGUUGCUCAUAUGAAAGUACUUGCUAAACAGGUGGAAGCCCUUAAUAAAAUGAAGACUUUGAAUAGUUUAAUAAAGCUGAAUGCCAUGAAGCAAAGCAAAGCAAAAGGAAAAGAUGCAAUGCAGACGUGUUUGAAACAAAAUGCUUACAGGGAAGCACUUUCUGACCUCCAGUCUCCUCUGAAUCCUUCUGUUAUACUGUCAGAACUACAUGUUGAGAAAUGUAGAUACAUGGAUUCUAAAAUGAAGCCUCUGUGGAUAGUGUACAACAACAAGAUGUUUGGAGGAGAUCUUGUAGGGAUCAUCUUUAAAAAUGGCGAUGAUCUGCGGCAGGACAUGUUGACGCUCCAGAUAUUGCGUUUGAUGGACAUACUUUGGAAAGAAGCUGGUCUGGAUCUUCGGAUAUUGCCUUAUGGCUGUUUAGCAACUGGAGAUCACUCAGGCCUUAUUGAGGCUGUGUCUAGUUCAGAAACCAUUGCUGACAUUCAGUUAAAUAGCAGCAACGUUGCUGCUGCCGCUGCCUUCAACAAAGAUGCUCUCUUGAACUGGCUGAAGGAAUACAAUUUAGGAGAUGACUUGGAUCGAGCCAUUGAAGAAUUUACCCUGUCCUGUGCUGGCUACUGUGUAGCUACUUACGUACUGGGGAUUGGUGACAGACACAGUGACAAUAUUAUGGUCAGAAAAAAUGGUCAGCUCUUUCAUAUAGAUUUUGGGCAUAUCCUUGGAAAUUUCAAGUCCAAGUUUGGAAUUAAAAGGGAACGGGUACCUUUCAUACUCACCUAUGAUUUCAUCCAUGUUAUUCAACAAGGAAAAACAGGGAACACUGAAAAAUUUGGUCGGUUCCGCCAGUAUUGUGAAGAAGCAUACUUGAUUCUGCGAAAACAUGGAAACCUAUUUAUUACACUCUUUGCACUGAUGUUAACUGCAGGGCUUCCAGAGCUAACCUCUGUCAAGGACAUCCAGUAUCUCAAGGACUCUCUCGCUUUAGGGAAGAGUGAGGAAGAAGCACUAAAACAAUUUAAACAAAAGUUUGAUGAAGCACUCCGGGAAAGUUGGACUACUAAAGUGAACUGGAUGGCUCACACUGUUCGAAAAGACUACAGAUCCUAGAAGGUUUUUGCAUUUGCACUAAGCUGGAUGUUCCCUUGAUAAGUGUUUUUCAAAAGGGAUCUGUAGCAUGGACCAAUGGAACCUAUUUUACAUAAGAAAGAACACAAAACAACAAGAAGAAGUAAGACCCUACGAAUAGCGAACAUCCUGGAUAAUCAGUUCCUGCUGACUUUGCACGCUGAGAGCAACUAGGCAUUUUUAAAACUUCUUUGGUACUUUACGGAGGUGUAAAUAUUUGUUUUUAUAUGUUAGGGUAAUGUACUCUAACAGCCUCAGGAGGUUUGGAGACCUCUGACAGAAUUGUUCUUUGUUUAAAGUUGGGACUUCAAGAGAAAUUUUUUUUAUAUAUAUCCUAAUCUGGCUAAAAUUGACCACAUUGUGUAUAUUUUUCAUAUGAACUCUGCCUUACUGGCACAGAUGCAUUAAGUUACUGUAAAUAGCAACCACAGUAUCAUUGUACUACAGGGAGCUGCUUUAUGUCUUAUACUGCUGCCGAAAGAAGAGUAGAUAUUGGUAAGAUGGGAAGUGGACAGGGGGAGACCUCUGGAAAUGAUGCGGUGUCCAGAUGUUCAGGGUUGCAUGAUCUUGUUCCUUUGACAUAACAUACACAAAUGAAGCCCUUCUCUAAGGGGAAAGUAAGGCCAGACAUGCCGGGGAGACCCUCACUGGUAACAGUCUCCCAUUUGGCUCUGGGGCUUUGCUUUCAACCCUUUACAAUGCACAUUAACUUCAGGUUCAGCAAGAAGCUCCUUACAGCCUUACACUGAAAUUGAUAUCUCAGACUAGUUGUGCCAUGCAAACAUAUUGAUUUUGGUAUGGAAGAUUUUCAUCAAAUAUACUAUACAUAGUGUUUUAUCAGAGUAUACAUACCAAAAAACCCCAAGUGUUUGGAAAAGCAAGUGUUUGUGGGAAAACAUCGUUCCCUAAAACACCAAUGAGAAGUCAUUAAUCUUUUCUUUCUGUAUUUAUUAAAGGCUUGCAGUAAUGUUGCUUUACAAGACAUAUAUGUUGAAGAUGGUUGCUGAAGAAACUGGAUUUGUUUUAAUUUAUUUAGUGAGGUACCAGGCUGUUAGGUGCUUAAAUGGAGAGCAGAUUUGUUACGUGCAAUAGGGAACUGCUGGUUAAGAGAUGUAACAUACUGUUUCUGAACAUCAGCAAGAUCAACUUUACUGCUUGUUCUCCAAGGAACACUGGUAGCUCUCAAUUCCUGUUGCCAUUUGAAAGAGAAUUAAACAUAUAUAUUUCCUUUUGACUAAACAGUUGUUUUGCAUAGAAAUGUUGGUUUAUGUAGGAAUUUAAUUAAAGGCAGUUUUACUUUGUUGA